UUUGGUUGCUGUAAUCAACUCAGUUGAUCGAAAUUCCUUCUCAGUUUGUCUCAUGGAACCAGCUCGACCAACCGGGGAAAUGACUCUCAAUUGGUUUGCAUUCAGUGAUGGUUUUCUACCACGGGGAACCCUGACUGGAACUGUUUCCUACGGUGCUUUCACCAGUGGCAGUGUUUGCACCGACGUAUUUUUUUCUCGAGUUUUCAACGUCCCACCCAAAAUUCUUCUGAGUGUACGUCAUGUUGGUAAUACUGAAAGAAAAGACAUGAUGACCUCGUGGGCAGAAGACGUCACUGAAACACAGCUUCGGGUUUGCUUGAGAGAAGUGAUUUCAUUCUCCGGAACCCAUGAGAAUCUACAUAUCGAUUGGGUAGCAAUGGAAAAUACAUUCUGUCGGAACAUGGAAGAUCUUGAUUCAGUUCAAAACUUCUCUCGUCGGUUCCAACAGUUGCCGGCAGUUCUUGUCAGCGCUAACCGUAGACAAGGCUUGCCGUCAUCUUUGACAGAUCAGAACAUUGUAUCAUGGGUUAAGGAUAUAAGCACUACAGAGUUCGAAGUUUGUAUAAAAGAUCUUCCGGGGAAAAGUGGGCGUCAUGAACCAAUUAAUGUGGACUAUACCGCAGUGGGAGAUCUUGAUCCCUGUCUGGACGUUACAUGUGAGAAGUUUGCAGUUUGUCGUGCGUUUGGUCCCUACGAUGCACGAUGUGUCUGUGUGACAGAUUGUCCUUCAGUCGAACAAAAUGUCUGCGCUUCGAACGGACGAAGCUUUACCAAUGUUUGUCUUUUCCAACUGGAAGUUUGUCAAACAAAAGCAAACUAUACAUACUACCAUCACGGAAGUUGCAGAGGUUUCCCAAAGUCAAGAGGUCGAAGAAAUGUCCCAAAAGUUCCUCGUUGGUCAGACGCUCAUUGCCAGACUGUUGAAUUUGAUCCGUUAACUUUCUAUCCUGACAAGCCUGUCCACGUGCAGACCAGCGUGAGCCACGUGAAUGACACGAGCCAGGUACAUGAUGCCGCGGUUUCGUGGGUAGAAGAUGUCAACGACAAUAAUUUCACGUUCUGUGUGAUGGAGUCAGGAAGAAAUGAAGGUCCACCCCAUGGAUUUGCUACCGUGGAGUAUAUGGCUUAUCAAGGAGCCCCAAGUGGAGGAUUGGCAGGGGUUGUGUCAAUUCCGGAGUGGUGGACUGGAACCAAAUGUCAACUCGUCGACAUAUCUCUGGGAUCAUUUUCUUCCACACCUACUGUUUUGGUCACAGCAGAACAUUAUCGGCUUAGUCUUAAACACGACGCUGCAUCACUGUGGUUAGAAGACGUCACCAGCUCGUCAUUUAAAGUGUGUCUCCGUGAGUUACAAAACUUUGAUGGACCUCACCAGGAUAUCUAUGUUAACUGGCUGGCUUUUGACAAACUUGAACAACCGCUGCUCACUGAACACAGUUAUACUAAUUUUACCCAGACCUCCCAGGAUCCCUGGCCAAGCAACAAUUAUGCUCAGUGUCAGGAUGUUUCGUUCGUGGCAAAUUACGUAAAUCCACCCACAGUGUUAGUUUCACCUAAACACAGUACAUCAGGAGGAAAUGUAGAUCCAAAACACAACGCAAUCUCUGCAUGGAUUGAGACCAUUACUACAUCGUCCUUCAAACUUUGCUUUAAAGAAUUAUACAGCAAUAAUGGCUAUGAUGCGGUGACUGUUUCCCAUGUUGUUUUAAAAGAAAUUUGUGAGCCGGGCUGGGUAUAUUACCAAGGAUUCUGUUAUAAAAAAGAAUCGACAUGCGAGACGUGGACAAACGCGUCAGCAAUGUGCCUAAACUAUGGUUCGAAUCUUGUCGGAAUUGAAAGUGCUGAAGAGGACGUCUUUGUUCAACACCUUCAAUAUGGUCAGCCAUCUUGGAUUGGACUUAAUGACCGAGCAAAUGAAGGGGUGUAUUUAUGGACAGAUGGCGGAGCUGUCUCGUACACAAACUGGGCUCCGGAAGUACCAGCGGCAUUCAACGAGGCGAAGGACUGUGUUGAGAGUUCAGGCAGGAAGUCGAAAUACUACUGGCAACCGUCAUCAUGUACAAAUUGCCGUAAUUUCACGUGUAAAAAAGAUUACGACGAGUGCUCUCAAAAUACAGAUAAUUGUGAUCAAAAUGCUGAUUGUUCCAACACUAUUGGUUCAUAUAACUGUCGAUGUCGAGGAGGUUAUACAGGAGAUGGUCACACUUGUAGAGCGGUGCCAGAGUGCAACAGUUACACACUGCUUGACAGCAUCGAUCGAAAAGUUAGUUAUGUUAGCAACUCUGUAAUGUGCGAUGAUGGUUUAUCAACUGGGUGGUACAGAUUUGCUGGUAGUGCUGGGACUCAGAUGUCGACAUCAUGCAUUCCGCGAUUAAACACCAACAUUGCGCAAUGUUCCACUCAUGGUAUCCCUUGGUUGAAUGGAGCUCAUCCUACCAUAAACGAAGGAAAAGUAACUCGUACCGUUUGCUUCAGUUGGGCCGGAAAUUGUUGUAAUUAUCAGCUAAAUAUUGAAGUAAUGAAUUGUGGAUUGUUCUAUAUCUACAAACUGGUUCCAACUUGGAGUUGUUCUUAUCGUUACUGUGGAGUUGAUAUCUAA